AUGACGGGUAACGGGCCUCUUGACAUCGAGAAGACAAAGUCUAAACCAGAGACCGCCGAUCCAAACGCUCUUGAACUUGUCCAAAGCAAAAUUGAACAUUUUAAUUCACGUCCCCGAGAGAUUAUUUUUAUCGCAUUAAUAUGCAUGGCUCAACUUAUGACGCAAGCUGCAUUGGGACAAGCCAUUGCCCCUCUACAUAUUAUUGGAUCUAGUUUUGGGAUUUCAAAUCCCGGACAGUUGAGUUGGUUUGCUGCUGCAUACUCGUUGACUGUCGGUACAUUCAUUCUUAUCGCUGGACGUUUGGGGGAUCUUUACGGCCACAAAAUCCUUUUCGUCAGCGGUUUCUUUUGGUUUGGUCUUUGGUCUCUCCUUGCCGGUUUCAGCGCCUAUUCGGAUCCAAUAUUUUUCGAUGUCACUCGUGCUCUUCAAGGGAUUGGACCAGCAUUCCUAUUACCAAAUGCUCUCGCGAUCCUUGCCCGCAUAUAUGAGCCUGGAAGGAAGAAGGAAAUGAUCUUUAGUCUCUUUGGUGCCACCGCCCCAACAGGUUUUACUCUAGGUGCAGCAUUCUCGAGUAUAUUUGCGGAAUUUGUUUGGUGGCCUUGGGCUUACUGGGUGACUGCUAUGGUGUGUGUUUUGCUCGCUGUAGUAGGCAUUAUCAUCAUUCCUCAAACGCCUCCUCCACAUUUUGAUGGUUCGGUGAGUAUGUUCAAACGGGCUGAUGGUGCCGGAGCUUUGACUGGUGUUGCUGGACUGGUUCUGGUUAACUUUGCAUGGAAUCAAGGACCGGUUAUUGGUUGGUCUACCGUUUAUGUCUAUGUUAUUCUCAUUAUUGGGGCUCUCGUACUUGGGAUUUUUGCUUUCAUUGAAUCUCGUGCGAGAUACCCGUUGGUACCUUUUGAUGCCUUCAAUUCUCACACUGGCUACACACUAGCGUGCAUUGCGGGUGGAUGGUCUAGCUUCGGUAUAUGGGUCUUUUACUUUUGGCAAAUAUUGGAGGAGAUGAGAGGAGUUAGUCCACUUCUCGGCACGGCAAUGGUCUCACCUACAACAAUCAGUGGAUUAUGUGCAUCAUUGACAACAGGAUAUAUUCUUAGCAAGGUUCCAGCUAGUACGGUCAUGAUGAUUGCUAUGACUGGUUUCCUUCUUGGAUCAAUUUUGAUGGCCACAGUUCCUAUCAAUCAAACAUACUGGGCACAAACUUUUGUUUCCACGAUUGUUACUCCUUGGGGAAUGGAUAUGUCGUUCCCAGCAGCAACAAUCCUCCUCAGUGAUUCCAUGCACAAAGACCAUCAAGGUCUUGCAGCCUCACUAGUCAACACCGUCGUCAAUUAUUCAAUCUCCAUUGGCUUGGGUAUUGCAGGAACUGUUGAAGUUCAAAUCAAUAAUGGUGGAAAGAAUCAGCAAGAUCUUUUGAAAGGAUAUCGUGGAGCUCAGUAUAUAGGGAUCGGACUUGCGGGAUUGGGAUUGGCUAGUUCGAUUUUGUUUUCAUUAUCGGAAAGAACGAAGAGGGCCAAGGAUAGAAAGGAGGCGGGACAUUCAGAGGGGGUUUGA